CUUCCCAGCCCUCCUCCCUCCCUCCCUCCCUUCAGUCCUUCCCAGCCUUCCUCCCUCCCUCCCUCCCUCCGACCUUGAGCUGAACUGGAUCCUGCUUUGCCGUUGACAUUGAACGCAUGCUUUGCCAAAGCAGCCCCUCGCCCCAGCGCCAGACAGAGGAGGACGCUCCUGCCUUGGCCCGAUCGGCUUUGCUGCAACCACGUGUCCCGCCUCGCAAGCUGCCUGUCACAGAGCAACAAGGAAGCUAGUGGUGGGAUCUUUUAUCUCCAGGGAAAAGGAGGGGCAGAAAGCGACUUUUGCCCCCCAAUCCAGCCAGGUUAGUAGCCAUGGAAGAAAGCAGCCUAGGCAGCAUGCAGCAGAGAGCAGCUGAAUUGGAACACAUGGCCGAGGUCCUGCUUACUGGGGAGCAGUUACGGCUCAGACUGCAUGAAGAAAAGAUAAUUAAAGAUCGGAGGCAUCACCUGAAGACAUAUCCAAACUGCUUUGUUGCCAAAGAACUGAUUGACUGGCUGAUAGAUCACAAGGAGGCCUCUGACAGGGAGACUGCAAUUAAACUUGUGCAGAAAUUACUGGAUCGUAGCAUUAUUCACCAUGUUUGCGAUGAGCAUAAGGAAUUCAAGGAUCUAAAGCUUUUCUACCGCUUUAGGAAAGAUGAUGGAACAUUCCCACUUGACAAUGAAGUGAAAGCAUUCAUGAGAGGACAGAGGAUAUAUGAAAAACUGAUGAAUACUGAAAAUGCCCUUUUACAAGCCAGGGAAGAGGAAGGAAUAAAAUAUGAACGUACUUUCAUGGCAGCUCAGCUCAUUGAUUGGUUGAUCCAGGAAGGAGAGGCCACCACAAGGCCUGAAGCUGAACAACUUGGCCGUAGAUUGCUGGAACAUGGAAUUAUACAGCAUGUGUCCAACAAACACCAUUUUGUAGACAGCAAUCUGCUCUACCAGUUCCGAAUGAACUUCCGCCGGAGGAGGAGAUUGAUGGAGCUGCUCACCGAGAAAUCCCGCUUGAUGCCAGAGAGUCAUGACAGUCCCUUUUGUCUGCGCAAGCAGAAUCACGACAAUAAAAAACACACCAGUUUCCUCUCAGUGAGCCCCACCAAGGAGAUAAAGAUUGUCUCGGCAGUGAGGCGGAGCAGCAUGAGCAGCUGUGGCAGCAGCGGUUACUUUAGCAGUAGUCCAACACUCAGCGGCAGCCCUCCAGUACUGUGCAACCCUAAAUCUGUAUUAAAGAGACCAGUGACUCCUGAUGAACUACUGAUGCCCGGAGCUCCAUAUGCCAGGAAAACCUUCACAAUUAUAGGCGAUGCUGUUGGGUGGGGAUUUGUGGUGCGUGGCAGCAAGCCUUGCCAUGUUCAAGCUGUGGAUCCCAGCGGCCCAGCAGCUGCAGCAGGGAUGAAGGUAUGCCAGUUUGUGGUUUCAGUGAAUGGACUCAAUGUUCUCCAUGCAGACUACAGGACAGUGAGCAAUCUCAUCCUGACUGGCCCUCGAACGAUUGUCAUGGAAGUGAUGGAGGAAAUAGUGCCGUGAGGAGGACACUUGAUAUGCUAGUCCCACCAUGUGCUUUGCUGAUGCACAUAUAGGAGCAGUUAUACAAGGAGAUGAGAACAUAAGGAAACUAUUGUGCCUUCUGAGUACUUUCCUCCUCACUCCCAAUUUGACAGUAAUACUUGGAUGGAUAUGCUUUGAGAUGGUGUUCGUACACAUGUGAAUCCAAAGUACAGAUGUGCAAACUGACCUGCACUACGCUGUGGACCAGUUGCAUAUCAGAGACGUAGCAAGCUCAGGUGGGUGUAAUCCCAGCACAAGUGUCAGAAUCAUGCCGGGAAUCGUAUCUGUGCAAGGUUUCCCAGUGAUAUGUUGCUCCUCUUUUAUUUCAUAAUUUCAUGACAGAGUAGACACUGAAAGCAUCCAAAUGACCUUCACAUUGGGAGUGGGCAGUGCUUGAAUCCAAAAUGUUUACUUUUAUUUUAAAAGCAGGUUUGCUUAUACUAACCACACUGUAUAGCAAGAAGAGCCCACUCCUGCAAGUAGAAUGUUAGGUGAAUUAUGCAAAAUUAUGUUUUACAUUGUUAAUUCUCAUAGCUAUAUAGAGAGGGCCAUGAAGCUUUGCCAAGCUCUGAACUCCUACCACCAAUCUACUGGAAAUUCUUCUUUGGGCCAAACAAACUAGACAAGACAUGAGAUAUCAUAAAGCCAUGCAGACACUACAUAGGGAAAAGUUUAUAAAAAAAAAUCCUCCCCCCAAAAUGCCACUCAAAUCUCAUUCAGGUCUCCCCCAUAGCUGCUUUUCUUAGAAAAAGCAAACAUCAAGAGAUCCGAUCAUGGAUCUUCCACAUCUCAUCUAGUUGAACCUUGAUCUCCCUCUAGCUUCUAAGAUUUGUUUCAAGCUUAUCUUCACAGCCAUACAGAGUAGAAACUUGACUUUUUAAAAAGCCUGUUCAAACCUAUCCAUGCCUGUGUAAAACUAGCUUUGCAUGAGAAAGGAGUGUAGCAGUGCAGGUGCUCUCAAAUAUGCAGUUAUCCCACUUGUAUUAUGCAGGAAGAUCUCUAAAUGUUUGGAUCCCCCUUCAGGCCCCAGUGCUGGGUCAAAGGAAGUCAUAGUUUUUCAUUGGCACUUGUUAUUGGAACUGUAGGGUGCCAAUUAAAAGUAUUGCUAGGUGCAUUGGAUCAGGAUGAUAUGGCAUAUGAUUAAAUUCUAAUAAAUUAAAGGAGGGGGGGAAGUGAAUAAUUUGGAUACACCCCAUGCAUUUUUCCUGGCUAUGUUGCCAUUGUUCAGGGGCAGAGCACAUGCAGAAGGUCCCAGAUUCAAUCCUUGGCAUCCACAGUCAAGAAAGUUUUCAGGAAGCAGGGAUGAGAAAGACCUCUGGUAGAGACCCUGGUGAGCCACUGCCAGUCAGAAUAGACAACAUUGGGCUAAGAUGGACCAAUGGGCUGACCCCAUACAAGGUAGUUUCAUUUGUUCAGUAAGUCCCUUCUUUGGAGGUGAUACAUAAGCCGGCUGGCUGAGGUGGCUCCUGCUUUGUCUGCCUUUUUCUGGGUCUUCAGUUACGUGCCUGGGAGAGAGGACUCAGAGCCAAGUGGGGAGAUUUGAGGGGCCCCCAAUUAGCAUAGUGACGGGUUGAGGGAGAUAUGGCGUUGUGAGGAGGACUUGCCAGGUAAGGGGAACGCAGCCCAGGCAGUUAACGACUGUGCCUUGUUCCGGAACUCCCCACACCUGCGGGUUUGUUGGUUGCCCUAUAAGUCAGCUCUCAGGCCUCCGGAUGCUGCUCCUAAACGCCAGAUCGGUGCAUAAUAAGAUCUCCCUCAUUCAUGAUUUAAUUGUGGAUGAGGCAGCCGAUCUGGUAUGUAUAACCGAGACCUGGGUGAGUGAGCAGGGAGGAGUCAGUCUCUCCCAGCUAUGCCGGCCAGGGUACCUGGUCCAGCAUUAGGGUAGACCUGAGGGUCAGGGAGGGGGGUUUGCUGUGGUCUAUAGGAGCUCCAUCUUCCUCUGCAAGCACCCUGUCCAUGUGACUACUGGUCUGGAGUGUUUGCACCUUAUGUUGGGUCAGAGGGACAGACUGGGGAUUCUGUUGGUGUACCGCCCACUCCGCUGCCCAACAGACUCCCUAGCUGAGCUGACGGAGGUGGUCUCGGGUGUAUUGUUGAGAUCCCCCAGACUGUUGGUUCUGGGGGAUGUCAACAUCCAUCCCGAGGCCACCUUAUCCGGGGCGGCUCAGGAUUUCAUGGUCUCCAUGACAACCAUGGGACUAUCCCAACAUGCCAUUGGCCCAACACAUGUAGCAGGGCAUACUCUAGAUUUGGUUUUUGCAUCUGGACAUGGAGUUGGUGAUCUGAAUGUGGAGGGUCUUACAUCAGUCCCUCUGUCAUGGACAGAUCACUGCUUGCUGAAGUUUAGACUUACAGCGGCUUUUCCCCUCUGCAAGGGUGGGGGACCUAUUAAGUUGGUCCGCCCCCAGAGACUAAUGGAUCCAGAUGGUUUCCAAAGGGCUCUGGGGAGUUUUCCGGCUGAUAGGGCUGGCGUUGCUGUCGAAACCCAGGUUGAGCUGUGGAAUACAGAAAUGACCCGGGUGGUUGACAUGAUUGCUCCUGAGCGCCCUCUCCUGUGUAGAGCUCGUACGGCUCCAUGGUAUACCCCAGAGUUGAGAGCGAUGAAACAAUAUUGGAGACAGCUUGAGUGCAGACGGAGACGAACUCCUAGUGGAUGCAAUUAUACAUUGGUAAGUGCCUAUGGUAAGCUGUAUUUAGGGGCAGUAAGGGCAGCAAGAAACAAUAUUUUGCUGCCACUAUCAAAUCAUCAAUCUGCCUCCCAGCGGAGCUCUUCAGAAUUGUCCGGGGGCUAUUACACUCUGGCCCCAAGGACAUGGUAGAACCAUCUGAGGCCCGCUAUAAUGAAUUUGCCAGGCACUUCCAGGAUAAAAUCUUUAGCAUCCGCCAGGACUUAGACUCCAGUGUUAUAGCAGGUGAAUCAAGCGAGGUAUCCAGAGCACAGCCUUGUCCCGAUUUCUUGGAUGUGUUUCAGUUGGUGCAACUUGAGGACGUUGACAAGGUGCUUGGACAGGUUCAUGCAACCACUUCUGUGCUGGAUCCUUGCCCUUCUUGGCUAAUAAAAGCUAGCAGGGAUGGAACAGCCGGCUGGGCCAGGGAGGUGAUUAAUGCCUCUCUGAGAGAGGGGGUGGUCCCUGGCUGCCUGAAAGAGACCACUCCUGAAGAAACCCUCCCUGGACCCAGAAAAUCUUAACUACAGUAGGGCCCCGCUUAUACGGCGGGUUCCGUUCUGGACCCCCGCCAUAAAGCGGAAAACGCCGGAACCCCAUUGACUUUAAUGGGCCGCAUCGCGCGAAAAUGACGCAAAAAUGGCGCAAAACGUCUCAAAAGAGAAAAAAAUAGCUUUUAAAUUAAAAAUGAAAGCCGCCGCAUCAGCGGAACGCCUUAAAGCGGAACGCUGUAAAGCAGGGCCCUACUGUUCCAUUCCUGUGCAAGGUCCUUGAACGAGUGGUUGCGGGCCAGCUCCAGACACUCUUGGAUGAGACCGAUUAUCUGGAUCCAUUUCAGUUGGGUUUCAGGCCUGGUUUUGGCACAGAAACAGCCUUGGUCGCCCUGUAUGAUGACCUUUGUCGGGAGAGAGACAGGGGGAGUGUGACUCUGUUGAUUCUCCUUGAUCUCUCAGCGGCUUUCGAUACCAUCAACCAUGGUAUCUUUCUGGGGAGACUGGCUGAGUUGGGAGUGGUACUGCAUUGCAGUGGUUUCGGUCCUACUUGGCAGGUCACCUCCAGAAGGUGGUGCUUGGGGAACAUUGCUCGGCACCCUGGACUCUCCCAUAUGGGGUUCUGCAGGGGUCAGUUCUGUCCCCCAUGCUGUUCAACAUCUACAUGAAACCGUUGGGUGCAGUCAUCCGGAGCUUUGGAUUGCGUUGCCAUCAGUAUGCUGAUGACACGCAGCUCUAUUUCUCCUUUUCAUCUUCUUCAGGUGAGGCUGUCAAUGUGCUGAACCGGUGCCUGGCUGCGACAAUGGACUGGAUGAGGGCUAAUAAACUGAGGCUCAAUCCAGACAAGACUGAGAUGCUGCUAGUGGGUGGUUCUUCUGAUCGGAUGGUGGAUCUCCAACCUGUCCUGGAUGGGGUUGCACUCCCCCUGAAGGAGCAGGUUCAUAGCUUGGGGGUUCUCCUAGAACCAUCUCUGUCACUUGAGGCUCAGGUAGCCUCAGUGGCACGGAGUGCCUUCUACCAACUUCGGUUGGUGGCCCAACUAUGUCCCUAUCUGGACAGGGAUAACCUCGCUUCAGUUGUCCAUGCUCUAGUAACCUCUAAAUUAGAUUACUGCAAUGCACUCUAUGUGCUGCCUUUGAAGAUGGUUCGGAAACUGCAGCUUGUGCAAAAUGCAGCGGCCAGAUUGGUAACAGGGACCAGGCGGUCCGAACAUAUAAAACCGAUUCUGGCCCGCUUGCACUGGCUGCCUGUAUGUUUCCGAGCUCAAUUCAAGGUGCUGGUUUUGACCUAUAAAGCCUUACACGGCUUGGGACCACAAUACCUGAUGGAACACCUCUCCCAAACACUACGUUCAAGAUCAAAGGCCCUCCUCCGGGUGCCUACUCCGAGGGAAGCUGGGAGUCUGGCAACAAGGGAGAGGGCCUUCUCAGUAGUGGCCCCCAAAUUAUGGAAUGAUUCAUGUGACGAGGUGCACCUGGUGCCAACACUGUUAUCUUUCGGCGCCAGGUCAAGACUUUCCUCUUCUCCCAGGCAUUUUAGCAUGUGUUUUAUAUUGUUUUAAAUGUUUUUAUUCUGUUUUAAAUUGUUUUUUAAAAGAUGUAUCUUAAAUUGUAUUUGUUUUUAGUUACUGUAAACUGCCCAGAGAGCUUCGGCUAUGGAGCGGUAUAAAAGUAUAAUAAAUAAAUAAAUAAAUAAAUAAAAUAAGUUAAGGCCUGGAAGGAGACCAACAAGAGCCCUCUGAGAUUUCCAAAGAAGGAACAGGAUCUAAUAUACACAAUUUAUGGAUGUGGAUGUAGGAGGGCCCCUAAAGAUGUGGGUGACCCCACUCGGUAGCUUUUGAUAUCUACAGUGUAGUAGAGAGGUAUUAGAGUUGAACCAGAGGGAUAUGGGUUCACAUCUGUCCACAGCUAUGAAGCUUCCUGGGCAAGUCACUGUCUCUCAUCUUAAUCCAUCUCAGAGAGUUCUUGUGUGGAUGAAAUGAGAUAACCCCCAUGCAUUUAUGCUAUCCUGAGCAAUGGAGGAAUGGCAGGAUUCAAAUGUGAGAAAUAAACUAAAUUACAUCUCUAUCUCAAUGCCACAUCUUAAAAAUGAGGAUAAUAAUGAUCUACCUCCCAGGAUUGCUGUGAAUGAAAAAAUCCUUCACACUUGCAUAGUAGCUGAGCAUGCAUAUGCUGAUUUAAGUGGCUUUUGGGCUUCUUUUUGAAGAAAGCCCUUUGACAUAAGGCUUUCACAAUCCUGAUAUUGAAAUAAAUGAAAAUGUUUCUUGAAAACUGGGCCUUUAAUACUACAAUGAUAACUAACAGUAUGAUGAUCAAUAGCUUAAAAUAGCCUAUUGUACAGCUUGGGAGAAAUGAAUGGAUCUGCUGAAGCUUUGUUUAACUGCAUUUUCAAAAUGCUAAAAAUAGAGGAAGCUGCAGCCAUAACUUCAUUAAAAUGUGCUUCUGACACUGUUGAAUAAUACGCAUUUGUUUUUAAAAGAGUAGAGCUUUCACUUUUUGAAAAAUCUCAUCAGAAUCAUUGUUGAAUAAACUACAUAUCAUGGAGCCAAUUCUACCUUAGAGCCAAUCUUGCAAAACAAAACCUGAGGCAGACAAUAGGUGUUUUUCUUCCCAGUGUUGAAGGUGGUUUGGCAAAAGAAAUUAUUUCUCAUUAUUUGUACACUCAACUCACUUCUGUUGCAGUAAAGCAAAACCUGCUUGACCAGAGAUGUUGAAGCUUCUGUCAAACUACUUUCAGCUCUCUUAAGAACUAUUAUCUGUUUUCGGCAUAAAUUCAAAUUCACAGACCAUAAUGAAGCUGUUAAAUUCAAGUGUCUGAAUCUCCAUUUUUAAAUCCAGUUUCAGGAUAAAGCUUUGGGAAAGGUGUGUGUGUGUGUGUGUGUGUGUGUGUAUAUAUAAUAUAUAUGGGAACAAUUUAACAUCUGGCAGCAUCUUUAAUAGCAAAAUUCAAAAAAUUGCCGCUUUUACUUGACCCUUUGGAAUGUGAGUUUAGUGAAAUUUACGCCUUUUUGAAAAAAAUGUGCAUUUGGAUAGGAUGGCUUUGAGUUAGGGUGAAGUGUGAUGGAUAUUGAUCAGCAGUGUUUGGUUCCACUCUGAUGAGCACAGGUGUGCCAUAAUUUUUUUUGAAUGUAUACAUAUUUAUAUGUUUUUCAUAAGACUGUAUAAGCUAUACAUAUAGCAAAGGUAUUCUGGUACUCUUCAAUUUAUGUUAGCUGAGUUUUUGAAUAAAUCUUUUUUUUAAA